ACUUUCAUAUCUGACUGUGACUUUAAAGAUUUUGUACGAAGACGAUCUAAGGGUAGAAGGCCUUCAAAUGUAGAGAUAGAAAAAAGAGUCAAUAAAGAUUUUGUUACUUGGUUUCCUGCGCAGCUUAUGAACCCAGAUAUUAUGAAUAAUGUGCAUGAGGAUUUGAGAUACUUAGCAAGGGGUCCAUCACGAUAUGCCAAGAGGUUUUCUACAUUUAGUAUUAAUGGGUUCUCCUUUCGAACUACCAAUCGAGACAAAGGGUUAAAGACUCAGAAUAGUGGAGUUUUUUUAAUGUCUUCAACUCCUUGUGUUGCUAGCGCUAGUGAUGCUGAUGUUAGGAAUGCUGAUUUGUCAUAUUAUGGCAAACUAGAAGAUAUUAUAGAACUAAACUACAAUGGCCAAUUUCGGGUUACUUUAUUCAAAUGUAAAUGGGCUGACACCACCAGAGAACGGGGCUGUAGAAAGGAUAAUUGGGGUUUUACUUCUGUUAAUUUUUCACGAGUAAUACACAGUGGUGACCGAGAGGAGGAUGAUCCAUAUAUUGAAGCCUCACAAGCUCGAAUGGUGUAUUUUGUCAAUGAUGAAGUGAAUAAAGAUUGGAGUGUUGUCGUGCAUUUGAAGCCAAGAGAUUCAUAUGAUAUGGGGGGAAAUGAAGAUGAUGAAGCAUGCGAGAAUGAGCCAUGGUUAGAGCAAAACUUAGAUUCUUUAUUUGAAAAUGGUGAUAAUCUAUCAUUGUUAAGAGAUGAGGUAGAUGAUAAACUACUAGAUAAUAACAUUGGAGAAGAUGAACACAUGUCAGAAUAGUAGG